AUGGACCAAACGAUACAUGCUAUACGGGUGGGUUGUGAAAACUGCAAUGGGCCUCAUCUUACUAGAGACUGCGACUUGGAUGAAAAUGGCAACAAGAAGCGAAAACCAAAGAAAGAGUGGCUCCCUUAUGAAGAGUACAAGAAGGCCAAGAAGGAGAAGUUCAAGCAAAAAGGAAGACGUUUUUACCAAAAGGAGGAGCCAACACAAGAAAGAAAACCAAGUUUGGAAGAGAUGCUUGCCAAAUUUGUAGCUGCUUCAGAAAAGAGACAUAGUGAUCAUGAUGCUGCAAUUCAAGAAACAAGAACCAUGCUUAGAAACCAACAAGCAUCUAUCCACAACAUAGAAACGCAACUUGGGCAACUAGCUCAACAAAUAAACCAAAGAUCACCGGGUGAACUUCCUAGUAAAACCGAAAACAACCCACGAGGUGCGCACAUAAACAUAGUCACAACAAGAAGUGGGAAGAUAAUCACUCCUCUGGCCCCUAUUCAGAAUGAAGCACAAAUUGAACUGCAGAAGGAGGAUGAAGAAACUCAAGACCAAAAUCAAAAGCUUCAAGGAACAGAGCCUACUCGCCGAGUCCAAAAUAUGGACUCGACGAGUCCACUGCCAAAUUUGAAAAAUCCAACUCCUGAAAAGCCCUUUCAGCCUCCAAUGCCAUAUCCAACCGGAGCUAAGAAAGAAAAGAAGGAAGAAGAGUACCAGAAGUUUCUUGAUCAUAUUAAAGCUCUUCAAAUCAACAUACCCUUCAUUGAAGUUGUCGCACAAAUGUCAAAAUAUGCAACAUUCCUUAAGGAACUUCUCACCAAUAGAAGGAAGAUGGAGGAAGUGAAAAAGGUGGUACUUAAUGAGAAUUGCUCAGCUGCCAUGCUAAACAAGCUACCAAAGAAGAAGGGUAACCCGGGAAGCUUGACUUUGCCUUGCCAAUUUGGUAACUUGGCUACCACUCAUGUUUUGGCUGAUUCAGGAGCAAGUGUGAAUUUAAUGCCUUAUUCAUUCUUCAAGAAGCUGGAUCUCCCGGAACCAAGACCAAUUCGUAUGGCGAUUCACUUAGCGAACAAGACAGUCACUUUUCCAAGAGGAAUAUGUGAAGACUUAUUGGUCAAGGUGGACAAUUUUGUAUUUCCUGCUAAUUUCAUAAUUCUAGACAUGGAGGCGGAUCCUCAAGUCCCAAUCAUCCUUGGAAGACAUUUCCUCAACACAGCAAGUGCUAUAGUAGACAUGAGAGAUUCGAAGCUUACUUUGCGGGUAGGAGAUGAUUCGGUUACUUUUGGGAUGGAUCAAGCUAUGAAGUAUGCAAGGAAUAGUGAUGACAUGGUGUUCUCAAUUGACAUGCUUGAUCAAUUGAUGGAAGAAUGUGAAAAUGAAGAUCCUAACAAGUCCACCAUUUUUUAUGAAGAAUUUGAUGCUGAGAAAGACCUACUGGAGAUCGAGAGGUUGCUGGAAGAAGCUGAGUUUGAAGAAUUUAUGAAACAAUCUAAAAGAUGA